AUGAGGAUGAUUAUGGCGAAGCUCCAAAGAUUUGGAAGGAUAAGGCAACUUCACACAAUCAUAUCUCAAGAAAUCAUCAGACCAUCAUCCCCAACACCUCAACACCUCAGAACUCAUAAUCUUUCAUUACUCGAUCAGUUUGCUGCCCACAUUCACAUGCCAAUUGUAUUUUUCUACCCAAACUAUAACAACGGCAACCCCAACAUCCUAAAGAAGUCGUUAUCACAGUGUUUAACACAAUACUAUCCGUUUGCAGGUAGGUUUCCUGGGCCUCAUGCCUCUCACAUCAACUGUAAUGACGAAGGAGUUGAGUUCUUGGAAGCUUCUAUUGACACCCGUCUUGAUGACUUCAUUCUUCAGAAAGAGAAAGAAGAAAUCCUUGAUCAACUCAUUCCUAGCGUUCACAACACUAGCCCUAAUUUGGUCGAGGUCCAACUCAACCAUUUCGCUGGUGGUGGAGCCGCAGUGGCUGUGUCCAUAUCGCACAAGGUAGCUGAUGGAUUCACGAUGGUCAACUUCUUCAACCACUGGGCCACUGUUACACGUGGUGGAUCUCCAAUAAAUCCAAGUUUCAUAUCUUCCACCAUAAGUAACACCAAAAUGCCUGAGUUUGAGCUUAAAAGCAUAGAGAAACUUAACUAUGCAAGAAAGAGAUUCGUGUUCCCCAAUGCCAAACUAAAUGAGCUCAAAAAUAAGGUUAACGCGAUGCAAGCAACUCCGAUGAACCCUACUCGGGUCGAAUUAGUGACAUCUCUACUGUUCAAAUGUGCAGCGGGUGCAGCGACAACAAAAUCAGGCUCUUCAAAGCCAACAAACUUGUUUCAUACGGUGAACUUGAGGAGCAAAAUCAUCAAAAAUUGUCAAGAAGUAGCAGCAGGCAACAUAAGUACAAUGGUGAUAGCAAACAUGGCGGAUUCAGGUGCAAUCAAGCUGAAUGAGGUGAUUACUAAGUUGAGGAAUGGGAUCAUGGAGCUAGAAGGAUUAAGAGAUGUGCAAGAAGCAGCUGGAAAUUUGUUGGGCAGAUUGUCGAUGUUAGCAGGUGAUCAUGAAACUCGAGCGUAUACUUGUUCAAGCUUGUGUGGUUUUCCACUUUACGAAUUGGAUUUUGGAUGGGGAAAGCCGCUAGAAAUAAUGGUAAGAUUUCCUGAUGUGAAUGACAGUUGUAUCCUUCUGAUGGAUACUCCAUCUAGAGAUGGUAUUGAAGCACUACUUCGUCUGCAAAAAGAAGAAAUGGCCAUCUUGGAAAAAGACCAGUCGCUUCUUGCAUUUGUUGAAGACAUCUGA